AUGAAACCAGCGGAUCUGCUCCCAGAUUGGGGCAUUGGGCAGUGGUUUGUUGCAGUUCAUCUCACGAUAUCAUCUCGAAUAUACGUACAAAAAUCCCAAGGUGAAGAUGGGUAUAUAUCUUUUGGUAUUUCUGAAAAGGGUCUUGAAUUUGCUAAGGAUUUACUGAUAAACACUGCGAUUUCAUCUUUGAUUCCUCUUCAAUUGCCCAAAAUCGAACAAAAUGUUCAAAUCCCACUUGUGGGUAAAGUUCGUAUGGUUCUGUCGGAUAUUGUUAUAUAUCAGGUUAACGUUCCCACCUCGAUUGUUCAACCUGGGGAGAUGGGUGUUACCAUAGUUGCGUCUGGUGCGACUGCGAAUUUGAGUUUCGAAUGGAGUUAUUCUUAUAGCACUUGGUUGUUUGAGUUUUCCGACAGUGGGGUCGCCUAUGUUCAGGUUGAAGGUAUGGAAAUAGGGAUGACUCUUGGUUUAAAGAACCAACAAGGGACUCUCAGAUUGUCUCCUGAAGACUGUGGAUGCUAUGUUAGUUAUAUCUCCAUUAAGUUAGAUGGAGGGGCAUCUUGGCUUUAUCAAGGAAUAGUUGAUUAUUUUGAAGAUGACAUAGUAUCAGCAGUUGAAGAUACCAUCACCAACAAAGUCGUGGAUGCAGUGAUAAAACUGGAUUCAGCUUUUCAAACAUUCCCAAAAGAAAUCAGUUUUGGCAAUAUCACUGCUUUAAAUGUCACCAUCACGGAGGGCCCCACCAUGACCACUACUUCUCUUCUCAUUGGCAUCAAUGGCUUAUUUACACAAAUUGACCCCAAAGCAACUUUGGGGGGUCAUUACACCAACAAUUUACCAUCAACAGGAACAGGGUCGUGUAGUAACUCAGAGAAGAUGGUUGGAAUUUCAGUACAUGAAAACGUUCUUAACUCAGCAUCAACGGUUUACUUCAAUUCAAAGAAGAUGUAUUGGGUUGUUGAUAACUUACCGGAUCAGAAGAUAUUGAACACUGCCGAAUGGAGAUUUAUAAUUCCAAAGUUGUAUAAAGAAUACCCGAAUGACGACAUGAGCUUCAAUUUUACUGUAUUGUCACCUCCACUCAUACAAAUCCAAAAUCAGGGUAUUGUUGCUACAGUAAACUCGGAUGUUUUUAUCAAUGUUGUGGAUGCUGGUGAAGUUAUUCCAGUUGCAUGUAUCUCUAUGGAGAUUGAAGCUUCUGGAUUUGCUGGGAUCAUAUCGACCACUCUUAAUGGUGGCAUUAGCUUAAGCAAACUCACAAUGUCUCUGAAAUGGAGUAAAAUUGGCACCCUGCAUAUGCUUCUUGUUCAGUCUGUGAUGUCAAGGCUUCUAAAAUCGAUCAUUGUACCGGUUGUAAAUUUGCGUCUAAGGGUAGGCUACUCGUUACCUGAUUUCCAUGGAUAUGAGCUUCAGAAUGCUUCGAUUAUCUAUCAUGAUUCAAAAAUCCUUGUUUGUAGUGAUAUUGCACGUGCAUAUGAUGAGUACAUUCCUCAUCGAUUUUAUUAUAAAUAAAAAUUAAACAUUCUUGUAAAUGUGUAUCUUUACAAAUUACAAUUACAACACUGUUUGUGAUCAAGAUGUCAGUCAUGUCACGACAAAAAGUCUCGGGAUAAUAGAGUCUCUGUAUAUAUAUUGCAAUAGUAUUUUAUUAGAAAUUAUGUUGUAAAUGCUAUAAUCUAGUUGUACAUUUGGAGACCAACAUCAAAUAAAUACAAGUGUGCAGAAG